AUGCCUCUCGAACUCAACAUCGAUCUGACCGAGGAGCGUCCGAAACUUUCGGACAUUUUGGCUUUUGAUAUGGAAAAGCCUCUGGUAAAGACUAACGUCUUGGCCCUUGUCCCGAAACGUACAAGAUCCGCUGUUUCGAUGCGUGCCGAUGAGACGGACAAUUGGGGACAAGAGGCUCUCGAUGAGAAGGAAGCGUACACACUUACGCUCUCCGACCCGAGCAUCAAGAACGAACUGCUGGAUCGCUUGAAUACCUUCCGUCGUAACAGAAACCUUUGUGACACUGUCCUUUUUGUCAAGGAACGCGAAAUCUUUGUGCACAAAGUCGUCUUGGCUGCUGUCUCACCAGCUCUAUUUGACAUGUUCAAUGUCGAAAACGAAGAUGAGAAGUCUCCAACUUCGACACCAACAACCAAUGGAGAAGCUCCAACCAAUGGUGUGACCACCAAUGGCAAUGGAGUCGGUGUAGUCGCCAAUGGAUCGCUGUCGCAAGGUCAAAAACCACAGAACCAGUCGAUUACAUUCUACGAGUUUGCUCAAACUGAUUUUGAAUGCUUCGAAGCACUUGUCAACUUUGCAUACACUUCAAACUUGGAAAUCAGCUCUAAGAAAGUUGCCGAGCUGUACAAGACUGCCUAUGCUCUUCAGAUGAAUCCAGUUAUCAAGGCAUGUGCUGGAUAUCUCGCUGAUAACCUCCAAGUCUCGAACUGCAUUGGAGUUCGCCGUCAAGCAAAUUUCCAUAACGACAGUUUCCUCAUGAGCAAGGUAGAUGAUUUCAUUACGGAGAACUUUGAUUCCAUUGUUAACGACAGCAAGGAAUUCACUCAGUUGCCAGUUAUCCAGGUUCGAAUCAUUGUUCCUGCUGAGGAUGGAAAGGUCGCCAACAACGCUAAUAAUCAGGGAGGAUUGGCCGAGAUGGCGCUGUUCUACUUCCAGAACAUGCCUCAUGAGCGUGUCGAACAUUCCAUUGAUAUGCUUACAUGCAAGACUCAUAUCUUGUACAUGGAGGAGGAUCAUUUGGCCGAUUGUCUUGAAAUGGACGAGCGUUCUUCGGUCGGAAGUUGUGAUAUCAUUCAGGACUACAAGAAGUCCGGAAAAGACAGAAAGGACGUCGCCAAGGCGAUGACUGUUCAGGAACCAAUCAUCACUUCAGUGGUUCAGCACAGAGUCAAUGGAGCCGUACCAGUUCGUUUGAAUGCGUCACGUCUUCCAAACAUGAAUGCUUCCAAUGAAAGUCUGGAAUCUGCUGGAACUGAUGAUUCGGAUCCACAAGAUACCAUUGAAGCCAGAUUGAUCUCAACUCACCGCACAGCUCCACAAUACUGGGUCGCUCUUGUCGUCCUCUACCGCCGUCUCUGUGUUUUAAGCCUUCAGCUUACCGACAACGAGGAGCUUCUUCGUACGAAACGAGAGCCAUGUCCGGUUGACUCUCAGAAAGCUGCCCUUCUCUCUCGUUUGAUUUCUUGCACCGGAAAACAGCAGAAACCACUGGAGUGCAUGGGCUCGUCACGUUGCUCAAUCGGAGCAUCUUUCUUGAAUGGCAAGAUCUUUGUCUGUGGCGGUUACGAUCGUGGAGAAUGCCUGAAGAGUGUUGAAGAAUACGAUGUCGUUCAAGGCAAAUGGCGUUAUGUUGCGAACAUGAAAGCCGAGAGAGGACGUUUCGAUUGCACAGUUCAGGGAGGAAAGGUGUAUGCCGUUGCUGGAAGUAAUGGAAACAAGGAACUCAAGAGUUGCGAGGUUUAUGAUCCAAAGGCAGACAAAUGGGCACCACUCCCGAACUUGAACACUGCAAAAUGUCACAACGGAUGUGCCACCAUCGAUAACUACAUCUACUGUAUCGGUGGAUUGUUUGACCAGAAGGUGCUCAAGGACUGUGAACGUUUUGAUACUAACACUCUCGGAUCCGAAGAGGCUGUAUGGGAGCCAAUGACUUCAAUGGAGCAAGCCAGAUACCAAGCUGGUGUGUGCACCUGGAGAGGACUCAUCAUUGCCGCUGGAGGAUGCGAUCGUUGGAUCUGCAUGGAUACUGUCGAGGCUUAUGAUCCAAAGACAAACACAUGGCGUCAACUUCCGAAGCUCCGGCAGGCAAGACGUGGAUGUGCCGUUGCUGUUGUCCGCGACACAUUAUAUGUGAUUGGUGGACACGAUGGAACUCAGUGUCUGGAUACUGUAGAGAUUCUUGACAGUCCAUCUUCUCAGUGGCGUGUUGGACCAACUUUGACUACUGCCCGAGGUAACACUCACGCCGUUGUCACUGCUGGAAACGUAAUUUACUGCAUUGGUGGAUUCACUGGUGUGAAGUUCUUGGACACUAUUGAGCUUCUCGAGAAUGGUAAGCCUAAAUUGUCAAUCACUUCACUUCUAUGUACAAAUGUUUCAGAACAAAUCGGUUGGCGCAACUGGCAGACUUGCCCCGAGCAAAUCCUCGAGGAGCAAGAAGAGGACGAAUCGAGUCAAAUUGAUAAUGAUGCUACUUCCACUCCACCAUCUUCUCCAUAA